AGGGCGUCGCGCUGUCGCUGCAGCCACUGCGGCAGCCGCCCACGCCCUGAAGGACCCGAAGGUGAGCGUGGCGGGCGAGACGUAGUCGCUGGCGGAGCCGGGGGCCCGCUGCGCGGGAAUGGCGCCUGCACUGCUCCGCAAGGGCCAGGGCGAGGCCCCAAAUGAGGCGCGCGCACCGACCAGGGGCGCCUCGGCGCACCGCGGGUUCGGCGUGGGGCCCGACGCCUUGGUGGAGGCUCUGGGUAGCGCCAAGAGGACUCAGCGCGUCCGUCGGCUUCGGCGCCCCACCUCGCCGUCGCGCGCAGGGGGCGGUGGCGUCGCUGGGAAUGCGCAGGAUUCCAAGGGCGACGCUGGCAUCGAGAGCAGCUUUGUGCAAGCAGGCGAGGGCCAAGGAGGGCCCGAUGGAGCACGACGUGGAGAAGGUCACGGAGCUUCACGCGCAGGAGGAGCAGCACUUCGAGGCGAAGAUCAUCGGGUCCGACGGCCGCGGGCAGGAGUCACACCUCGAGGAUGAGGGCGGUGUCCUCGCCGAGGUCCGCGCGCGGGAGGCGCUGGAGGAAAAGGCUGCUGAUGCGCAGAAGUCGGUGGCUCAGGGGGCCGGCGACCUGUCGGAGCAAACCGAUGGCCAUGGGCAGCGGCCGCAGCUCCAGGAGAGGGGCGAGGGCCUCGUCGUGAACCGCGCGCGUGGGGAACUAGAGGAGGACGAGCCCUGGUUCAAACGUGAGGCCGCCAGGAUGAUCGAGAAGUACUUGGCCCAGAUGCGGGCCGAUGAGAUGCAGCAGAUUGCGGCCCAGGAUACCUCCCAGUACGACCGCGACGACGAGUGCAUGGCGCAGCGCGCGGCCGCCAUGACGCACCCGUCCAUCAGCAAAGCGGCGCCGUCGCAGCGCGCCCCGCCUGUCCUGAAGGGCAAGGGCCGCAAGGGCUACAUGUGCGGCGAGGGCGGCGGCGGCGGCGGUCGCAGGCUCGCGGGGGGCUGAGAGGGCUGCGCGUGGACCCCGAGAGAAGCCCCCCCGCGCAGCUGCGGACGAAGUGCGAGGGCGCCGUGGACGCGCGCGGCCGAGGGGGCCGCGGCGGCGCGAGCGGCGCGCGAAGCCUUGCGGGGGUAAGCGGCCCAUCCCCCUGUCUCGAGCCAGAGGCAGAGAUGAGACGAGGGAUGUGCCGCGCUGUCCAGGGCCACUCGGCUUUUGCCCCCGAGGGGGCCCUCGGGCUAGGGCGAGCGCAGGCGGCGCAUUUCUUGCGCUGGCUGGUGCCGGCGGUCUCUCUCUCUCUCUCUCUCUCUCUCUCUCUCUCUCUCUCUCUCUC